CAUCUCUUGAAAUAACUAUUGAACCUGAUGAACAAAAUAGUGAUAAUAAUAAUUACGAAGAACUUGAGCUUGAUGAAAAUAAAGAUGAUUAUCAAAGCGGUCAAGACGAUGAUAACUACAAUACUAAAUUUAGAGAUCCUGAAGAUGCUAGUACAAAAGAUGCAACUAACAACCCUAUUCAAGAGCUUUUUAACCAUGUUUUUGUGAAUAAUUCAUUAACAUGCAUCUCACCAAUCGAAAAACCAUAUUAUUCAGCAAAAAUUUAUCUUGAUAUUUGUCAUUUAUGUGGUAGCUCCAAGAUUCCUAAUGUAGCAACAUCAAAAGGCUUAUGGCCAACAUGCUAUGAAUAUGUUGGUAUAGGAGGUUUAAAAAACUGUUAUAAGUGGAAGCCAACUAGUGAGC